UUUUAAAGAAAUAGCGUUCACCAGAACUUAAUAAGUUACAAACAGAAUUUGUGAGUUGUAUGAAUUAUAAGCAGCUCACAAUCGGGCAUAUCAGCAACUGGAAUGUAGUAAUUAUUUCAAUGUAUUAAUUUACAGAGAGAUUAGAUGUGCAUCAGUAAGAUUUUGGAUUCAUCCUCUCCGUCACAUCAAGUUUCUUCCUCCGCUCCUUUAAGUCUUUAAGCUUAAGCCUUGAUUUCAGUCGUAGAUACUUCAUUGGCCGUGAGGCCCUUGGUUGUGGCUUGAGGGGUGGGGAGUGUAAGUGACGGAGGAAUCGGAUGUUCUUGAGAGAUGCAAAACAUUCUUCCAAAUCAUAGGCCGUCUACCAAACAUCUUACCUGCUUCGAUGUCACAUUGUGUUAGAGAACGAUUGUGAAAGGUGUUACACAAAUGUACUUUAGUUCAGUGAUCUGGAUGACUUGUUACAGUAAUUAUUUUUUACGUCUCGUGACCGCAUUGUUGAUUAAUUCAGCACCUAGUGGCUGCGGACAGCGCCUGCUACAAAUUCUGUCUGAAUCUAUUCUCAGUAUAAGAAGUGUGAGCAUCGCUCCCAGUCAAACUCGGCUAUUCACGGGCUAUUUGCAGAGACAUCCGGGGGGAGGGGGUUGUGUACAGAGAAAAAUAAUUUCCUCCUCUUUCCCAUCUUCAUGGUGACGUGUUAAUUCCCCCUCCCUCCCCACCCCUCGUUUUAUCUGCAGCAUCCCUCUGCACAGUCAAUGUGAGGAACUGGAUGCAGCAGGAACCGAGCCGGUUUGCAAUGCGGUUAUGUAAAAGCUAGCUCUGCAACAACAAAAAAAUCCUCCUCCCCACAUACACUGGAUUUUCGACGCAAACCAGUGCCCCAAGUGCGAAGGGCAGUCGGUCCCGGGACACGGCGGCGAUGCAGCCGAGUUAGUGCGGGGGUCUAGAUGCUCCGCAGUGCUGGUCGUUCCCUCGUACGUUAUACAUAAUUUUACUCCAUUUGGGGCGUUUAGAAAUUAAAGUGUCAAUUACGUGUUCCCAUUGUCGGUGCUCCUGAUGCUUGUGAAGAACCCGGAUUGCUGUCUGUUUGCGGUGUCUCCCUGAAUUGGAAGCUUUGAUUUUUGUUUUUCUCCCUCCUCUCAUCAAUUGCAAAGCCUCUUGUGUCCUUGGGUUAUUUUUUGCGUCAGAAGAUGGCGGAUCCCACUGAGAUGUUUUCACUGUCAACCUUCCACUCUCUCUCCCCUCCAGGCUGCAGACCUGCACAUGAUAUCAGCCUGGAGGAGUUUGAUGAUGAAGAUUUGUCUGAGAUUACAGAUGACUGUGGAAUUGGGCUGAAUUAUGACUCUGAUCCCUAUGAGAAGGACUGCCUGAUGUUGGAUAUGAAGGGCGCACCACAGGCUGUGACAGAGGUCUGCUCCUUCCAGGAUGAUCUACAAGAAUUUGAAAUGAUUGACGAUACUGACGACAUGGAAGAACGAGAGUUACUGCCCUCACCCUCUGCCACAACUGCCCAGCAGUCUCGACCUACCACCUUAAACCUUGCCACUCCCCUCUCCCACUCACAGGAUUCUCUCAAUAACAAUGCCAGUUUCUCUCCAAGGAAAGCUAGCUGGCAGGAGACACUGCUCCAUUCCUCUAGUGGUCAUUUAACUCCUCCACAUCAAUGUAUUCAAGACAGUGUCCAUCCUGCUGGUUGGUGUAUGACUUCCCUUAACUCUGGGACACAUGGCAAUGGAUCGCCACUAAAACACACGGAAACUGAAUCAACCCAGUCACCUCUGAAACCACUACUCUACGAUUUUGAAGGAAAUCGACGGGAUACUCUGGAAUACGGUAACAGCAAGGCUGACCAACUCAUAGAGGAUCAUAAUAAGAAUGUUGUAUUGCCAUCAUUGCCAUAUCCAUCAUUGCAUGCAAACAAAGAACUUGCUAAACACUGUCUCUCUCCGACAGGGUCUUUUGGUUUUCAUAGAAAGUCACCAAGUCCCUUCGCAGAGAUGGAACCAGGUCAUGAUGGCAAUGUACAUCCAACUAAUGCAGCAGACGAUAUCACAUUAGCAAGCUCAGACACAGAGCUGGAACAGGACUUGACUAACAGCAGCUCCAAGGGUGAUCGUUUCCCUGGUAAUAGAUGCAAUGAAACAUACACUCUAGCCUCUGAAUUAGGGAUGAACAUUGAGGUUGAAGCUGAUCACCCUUUAGCUGCCACUAGUAAAUGUCUAUCAUCUUCCAACCUCAGCAAUGGUUCCUGCACUCCUGUGUCUGACGUAGAGCUGGAACAAGAAUUUGGCGUCGAGCUUGCAAGUAAACCACACAGACCACACUCAGAACAAACAGAUUCUGUGACGCAUCUUUUCGAGGAAACCGAUUUGAAGUCCAUUACCACCACUGCAGUCGGUUCUUCCGAUCCCAACAUGACCUCAGAGUUGGACCCUGAUCAUACAACACAUGUGACUACUAAUGAUCAUGCUCAACCAUCUGGCUCCAACAGUGAUACAGCUUCUCCUUCCUCUGAUCCAGGAAUUGUGGCAGAUCUCACCACAAAAAGCAGCAAAAAGUUCAUACGGUCAUACCAAAGUGAGGAUGGUGGUUCCUCUGGUUCUGAUUCAGAACUGGAGGAGCUGGAAGAUAGACUUACAUGUGACAACAGUGCUGCAUGCAACAUGAUUUCUUCUAUCUCUGAGACAGAGUUAGAUCUUACCAGUGAGAGCAGCAGUGGAAGGUCAUCACACUUAACCAAUUCAAUUGAGGAAGCGAGUUCACCCAACUCUGAUCCUGAGAUUGAUUGGGAGGGAGAAAUCAGUACAGCAAGUGUAAAAGACCGAUUGUACUCAAUAAAGAUGGCAAACAGUCCCACCAUCAAUUCUUUGGAACCAGUUGUCGAAUGGAACCUUGAGAGUGGGUAUACAGGGAGAUUCCUCAGUGCAAUUGACCCAAACAAUUUAGAUAUUUCCACAGAAAUCUUGGAGUCAGAACAAAUAACUGACCCAAUUACUGAUGUCAUUGAUGGAUCUUUGCAAAAUCCUGAUGAAACUAAAGACCAGGUUACUUCAGCACAAACUUCAGAGUUCAGACCCGACAGUCAGAAUGAAGAUAGCAGCAGGCCAACGUAUCUGGAUAUUGUUCCAAAUCAAGGACUUUCUCGAGUUCCAACUCCUAAAUCACAAACGUUUGAGAAUGCUGAAGAGAACAGUGAUGACGAACUGAGUAAUGAUUCUGAGUCUUCAUGUUCUGAUCAUGAUUCAGAUCCCGAUCUAAGUGAAAGUUCUGACUCUCCUUGGCUCCUCAGUAACAUGGUCAACACAAUGAUCUCACAAGGCUCGCACACUGUCAAAGACGAGUACUGGCUGCAGACUAACUCAUUCAGUGAGACCACUUCUUCAUGCUCUGACAUUGAGAUUGAACCAGUCAAUAAUAGUGAGCUCUUGCUCACUUCAGGCCAUCAGGUCAACUUGGGCGAGGAAGCCUGUGAAGUCACAGAUGCUAAAUCAGUCAUAAUGAAUAGUAACAAUGAUCUUAGUGACUCUAUGUGUUCCGAAGAUAAAGAGGAGACUGGAGUUGAGGAACUUGAGUUAGAGCUAAUUCCUGCUAACAAACCACCCGCACUCUACAUGGCUUUGAGUAGUCCACCCCAUGAUAGAGUAUCAGCAGGAGAUAGCUAUAGUGUGAUACUCACUCCAGCAAGAGUUGACUCCUGUGAAACGGAAACGGUGCUCGAUAUUGAUUUAAAGAACCUUUGCACAAAUGAAUGUGACUACACAGGAGCCACACAGGCUGCAGCUCCAAGCUCCACUCUUAGCUUUAAAUAUGAAGAGUCAGUUGAUUCCCUUCAUGGGGUGAAGCCAGAUCAGGAUGCCAAAUCUCCAAGUUUCAGCGAAGAGCUAGAAGUUGCAUUUAUUCUGGAAGAUAAAUUGACUGAACUCAGUAAAUCUUCAAGACCUUCAACCUUGGAGGUCCAGGUGAAAUCAAAGCCAGUAAACAACGAAACUAACUCUACCAGUAAAUGCUCAAGUCCAUUUUCUCUGUAUAAUGCAAACCCCAAAAUACCAAUAUCAUUUAGUGACCCAUCAAAUGGACCUUUCAGCCUGAGGGAGUUGUCCCCAUUACACAGGACAGCCAGCACACAGUUAGACCAAUCACUGGCCUACGACUCCAUUAAGUACACACUGGUGGUAGAUGAGAACACUACUUUGGACCUCGUUAGUUUGAAGCGCUGCACAUCUAUUUUGAGCGAUGACAGUGAGGUCUCAACACUGUGUGACAACUGUGAGCUGGAGAUGGACAAUGAGUUUGGAGAAUGCGCACAGAGACAGGAUGUUGAGAACUCAUCGGAGGAUUCAUCACCUGAAGCUGAUACACAGUUUUCUAAGAAAUUCCUCAACGUUUUUGUCAACAGCACUUCUCGAUCUUCCAGUACCGAAUCUUUUGGCCUUUACUCAUGUACAAUAAAUGGUGAGGAACGGGAUCAGACUCAUCGAGCGGUGUUCCGGUUUAUACCACGACACCAGGAUGAGUUGGAGUUAGAUGUUGAUGACCCAUUAUAUGUUGAAGAGGAGGAGGAUGACUACUGGUACAGAGGCUACAACAUGAGGACAGGGGAACGUGGGAUCUUCCCAGCAUACUAUGCACAUGAAGUAGUCAACCAGGCCAAGGAAUUUAUGGGGAUAAAGAAGAGCAGUAUCUGGGUGGAGAGGUUCAACGUGCAAUUCCUGGGAUCUGUGGAAGUGCCCUAUCACCAGGGUAAUGAUAUCCUGUGUGCUGCGAUGCAGAAGAUUGCUACCACUAGAAAGUUAACAGUUCACUUGCGCCCUCCUGCAAGUUGCGAUUUAGAGGUCAGCAUUCAAGGAGUUAAGUUAGCUAUGAGUUUGAACGAGUAUGGAUUGGAGGACAAGAGUGAAAGAUGCAGCCAUUUUUUCCAAAUGAAGAAUAUUUCAUUCUGUGGAUGUCAUCCUAAAAACAGCUGCUACUUUGGAUUCAUCACCAAGCACCCAGUGGUGAAUCGCUUUGCUUGCCACGUGUUUGUGUCCGAGGAAACCAUGCGCCGUGUCGCUGAGUGCAUUGGCCAAGCUUUUCAGGAAUACUAUCAGGAACACCUGGAGUAUGCCUGUCCAACAGAAGACAUUUACCUGGAGUAAGGGUUUGAUAACUCUUGCAUUGAUACUUGACAUUUUCUUAGGACCUGAGCUCAACUGUGAGCUGUAUCCCUGUUCCCUGUAUAUAAAGAAAAUUAAACUCCAAUCAAACCAAGAGAAUCCUAGUAAAAGUACCUGGUACUUGGGGACCCCCUGUGAAUUUUUGCAUUAACCCUGAAAGCGCAUCAUAUCAAACCUGUGUUUGCUGCACAUAUCCAUUCCAUAUCCAACUCUAGCCUUCAUGUCCUUCCUGUGCUGUUGUUCUAGAUUGCUUCAAAAUCAUCUUGACACCAAAAUAAACAGAUACAGUUCAGACAGACAGAAAGCACGAGACAAUGUAACCAGUGGGAGCAGCAUAGACUGGAGAAUGCCAUAUGUGCUUGGCGUUUAACUGCCCACUUUUGCUCUGUUGUUGACUUAUUUUAGCCUGACAACUAUUUUCCUUGAAUCUGAUUCAUGACUAAAUACCCCAAAUUACAACUGCCCCAUCAUAGAUCGGGUAAGCAGCAGGGGUGACAAUGAUAUCAGCAUGAUUUAUAUGUGCCACAUUAUGUGUUUUUUAAUAUUAGUUGGUGCUACUCAGAAGCUUGCAGCAGAUGGAGUCUGGUAGGAUGCAGAGUUUGUCAGUACAAUGAGGUGAACAAUGCCUUAGACCAGGAAAAAUUUUCUUGUUGUAGAGUGAACCUUGACUUUGCUACAGACUUCAGUCAUGUUUACUUUUGGGGCAGCUGGCUUUGCUUCACUCAAGCCAUUAACACCCCAGCCCCCACCGACCACAACCCCUACCCCUUCCUCUUCCUCAUUAUUGCCUCAGUUAAAAUGAACAGAUCUGGUCCAGAACACAGACAAACUUAGCAAUGACAUAAGAUUUCCCAACUGUUAGCAGGAAAAAUGAUGGCUCUCUGUUUAAAGUUUUUAUACAACGUUAAGGGUGAUUUCUAAAAGACUGCUCUCUCAUUGAUCGCAAUAGUCCCACUUUUAAAACAAACUUCCCAGGGUCACUCUCCCACCAGGAAGGGCCCCAGUGUUCUGGACCACCACAGUCCAAUUACACCAAUUCACAGCUCUGCCAUCUCAGCUGCCUUGCGUGAAAUGGGCUCUGCUCAUUGCUGAGGAGGACCUGUAUGAUGUGCAUGGUUUUUAAAAGCUGCAUGAAAUCUCCAAUUAAAAGCUCACUUCUUGCCCACUGCCAAGGAGAAACUAGGAGUUCAAAAUGCUGGUGCCUCAGUGACUGAGUCAGUCUAUCAGGCUCACAUGCAUAGUAUAUCCAGAGAGAGAGAACACGAAGUACCUUAAACUAAUUUGCUGCCCUUACUUUAUCCAACUGCUGUAAUCAAUCUUUAGCCAAGUUAUUGCACUCCAUUGUCACUCAUUUACACCAACUGGGCUGACAAUUGUUUUAACAAUAAUUGCAUGAUAAAUGUAGGCAGGAACAGUGCCUUUUACAUGCUGUCAUCUAAGGGAUGGUUUCCACCUGGAGCUGACAGCAUACUGUACUGAGCCAGCACUCAGUGAAAGGGGCAAAUCACAGAUGUGGCAGUGAGGAGUUAAUGCCAUUUGUUCUUUUUGGGUGCGAACAGUCAUCCCAAGCUCUCCUUGGGAACCUUCAAUUACAUGGCGUAUUGAUUGAUACAAGUAUAGAGUGGUGGGAAGACUAGGAAAUAGACUGGAAAAGGACAGUUAUCAGCACUCACCUCACAGGCUUCUUGUAAAGUGGCAUCAGUUGCCAGAGGAAAGGCCUAAAGGGAACUAGAAGAAGCUGUUUUAGAGCACCCUGGUCACAAUGUAACCCAUCAGGAAAACAGCUCCUGCCUACUAGGUAAUCAUCCAUUCAGAAGCAGAGGUGAUCCUGUGGGAGGCUGGGUGGUUGGGGUAGAGUUAGGGGUAGAGGAGGAGGGAAGUGGAAGGAGGAUGAGUUGGCUGAAUAUGAGAGGCACCAAAACAGCCUGCUGGAGCCAGAGGAGGGAAUUUAAGGGUGCCUCUCCUCUCAGAUAUUUGAAUCAAUCAACACAGUUUCUGGUGCAAUACUAAUUAACCAGCAUGUAGCAGAUCAGAUCCCAUUGAUGCAAUAACUGCUCCUCUCAUUCAGUGGGAAUUCAAACACAUAGUGUGCCCCCAUAAUGGUCCCUGUUCAACUAAAAUGAAAGGCAAAUCUGCGUUUUCUCCUGAUUGAUGGGUAAAUAUGUGACUCUUGAAGCAGUUGGAUGUUCUAGAUACAUGAUCCCUAUAGGACUGAAAGCGGACUGAGAACUCUCAAUAAUUUCCCCAAGUUUGAAAUCGGUGGUAUUAAACCCACCAUCCUGGGGCACUGUGAGCAUGGCUACAGAAUACCAUUUCCUUGGAAGCAGGGAUGGGGAUGUAAAUGGGACAUGGAUAUCUGAAGUGAGAGGGGGGCUCAGCAAAAACAAACCUCUGCUUGAUAGAUAUCACUUUAUCAUCUUAUGCCCAUCUGCAGGAUGUGUUGGGAACACAGGGGCUUCUUGAGUGCAAAGAGAAACAUUCACACUGCAGGAGAGGUAAAGGAGCAUGUCAGGACCACUAGGAUUAUGGUUCCAUUUUAUAGGCAGUCAGGUAGAUAUGUUUGUUUCUUGUCUGUUUUCAACUGUUCUCUCCACUCCCUUUCCAUAGUUGCAAAUGUGUUUGGGAGGUAGGGGUAUAAGUGACAUAGUUCCAGGUUGUGGAUGAUGUUAUGAUGUGUGAUUAUAGAUUUCCACAGGAGUUAAUUAGCAAUUACUAAACAGAAAUGUUCCUGUAUAUAGAGCAAGAAAUGUUUGGAAUGAAGAGCCAAAACAAGUGUUAUUCAAAAGAUAAUUGCUAUCUAUUAUGUGAAAGUUAAUUUCACAAGGGGAUGAGGUUCAAAGAAACAGAGGAAUUCACUUUAAUGAGUUCAGAUCCCAGAAGGAGGACUUUAAUAGAACAAAGUGGGAUAAACUACAGUAUAUAACAAUGGGAAGUAAUAAUGCUUGGGAGAUGGGCUUCAGUAAGACAGUUUAAUAGUUAGGAUUCAGUAGCAGAUUUAGAGUCUGGCUGUGUUGAGCAACAGUUAGAGAGUAAAUGUAUCAGAGAGACUGACUCAAAUGGAGAGUUUAGGUAACAGCAGGAUGGGGCUUGAUGAGAGUAGAAAUGGAGAGGGAUUGACUUUGAUCGGAGAGUUAGGGUCCUGGAGAGAUGGGCUUUGGUGAGAGCAUUAGAAUCCCAGUAGCACAGGUUUUGAUGGGAGAGCAAGGUAACCAGAGUGAUUGACGAUGGGCAAAGUAAAGGACUAAAAGUGUAGCUUUUGAAAGAAGAGUUGGGGUUUUGAUUGGAGAGUCAAAGUUCCGGAGCAUUGGCCUUGAUUAUGGGAUAGUCAGGAAACUGAAAGGAAGGCAUCCAAUGGGUGAGUUAAGAUGCUACAGGGAUGGUUUUUGAUGAGUGUUAUUGUAAUAGAAGAAUAGGCUUUUAUGGGAGAGCUUAGGGUAUUGUGGGAUUAACUUUGGGAAUUUGAUUCUUAGAGGAAUGAGCUUCAGUGGUAGCAUUAGGAUACGUUGAUGGUUUUCAAUGGAAGAAUUAGUGUACCAGAGGUUUUAACAUUGAUCUGAGGGUUAGGGCACUAAAGAGAAGAGCUUCACAAGGUUGAAGGGGUAAAUAAUGAAAUUAUCUAUUUUCAAGAGAAUUAUUGGUAUUAGUGAAAUAGGAGUACUGGCUUCUAUGGGACAUUUAAAGGGUCUUGGCCUGCAUGCAAGAAGAAAAAAUAUAGGCGAGUUAUACAAGGAUAGAGGACUAUGAGUGGCCUCUGCAAAAGUUGUGCAUUGGCUUGUAGUGAUAUGGAUGAAAUGUGGAGACAAUACAAAAGCUACGGUUGACAUUACUCAGUUGGAUCUGCCUUGCGACAUUAACCUUGUGUCUUGGACUAGCCAUGGACUGGAUGGAAAUACUCUGGCUGCGGACCACUCCUGUUGCUAGAGAGAGUGUCAAGUUUUGACCAGUACCUGAUGAUCCUGGCAGUGACUAGUCAUGAUCUCAGUGACCCUGGUUCAGGGAGAAGAACAUCCCACAAUUCUUCAGUGCUCUGUGGUUCCUCCUGAACCAUGAAUGUAUGGUGAGAACAAUAUUCUAAUCAGCUCUCAACUUGAACUGACUGCUGCCCAGGUUCACAUGCCAUUGGGUGCGAUACCAAAGGGCAUUUGGUGCCCUUAAAUCCCACAUCCCCUAAAAGAAUGAGGUAUUUUAUUGGAGAGGGAAAUUGUUGAGAAUUAGGCCAAGUGGUGAUUACAACAAUGUCAUUAUUUCAGGAAAUUAGGGCAAUCAAUUCACCAACCUGUCCAAAGUACCAAUUAAGGAAGGCAGAGGGAGCCCAACAUUCAAAGUGGGAAUUUCAAGCUAUACUAAUCCAGCUGCAGUUAGAGUCAAAAUGCACUUUUGGCCUUUUAUGUGUGUUUAAAAAAAAUUUCACAAUGUGGUUUUAAGAUUUCCCUUGUCCAUAAUUCUAACAAAGCCAAAUUUGUGUGUAGGAUGAGCAUCCUCCAGAACUACAAAAUUCAACACACAUUACAGAGUAUAAAGUUAGGAGAGCCAUAGAUAGGGUAGAUAGAGUCUUUGUCCCAGGGUGGAAAUGUCAAAUACUAGAGGGCACAGGUUUAAGGAGAGAGGGGGAAAGUUUAAAGGAGAAGUGUGAGGCAAGUUUUUAUUUUUACACAGAAGGUGGUAGGUGCCUGGAAUGUGCUGCCAAGGGAGAUGGUGGAAGGAGAUAUGACAGCAAUGUUUAAGAGACAUUUAGACGGGCCCAUGGACAGGCAGGGAGUGGAGGAUACAGACCAUGUGCAGGCAGAUUAAAUUGGCAUCAUGGUCAGCACAGACAUCGUGGGCUGAGGAGCCUGUUCCUGUGCUGUUCUAUGUUCUUUUACCAUCACCCCUGCACACUGGAAAUGCUUCCCAGUGUGCUCUGGCACUGACCUGUACCAAUCUGUUGACAAGUGAUAGGUUUCCUACCACCAGAUAAUAAUGGACAAAUUAACAAUGACUAAAUAUCACAAUUCUCAUCCCUUUUAGAUUAAAGGACUGAGAGUGGGAAGAAUUCCCAGGAUCAAUCAGCCAUGUAGUUUCUGGGUCUCAGUUUGUCUUUAACCUUGUGGUUCAGCAAAUAGGUUGAAAGACCAACUUGUGAAUGGCAGGUUACUCUAGCCUCUACUGGUUCCCAGUCACCCUGGCUUGGUUGCAUUCUCUGUAGUGGUUUCAGAUCCAUGGGUUUGAGUGUUGAGAGGGAACCCAGUUAAUCUAUAGGCAAUAUUGCAGCCUUGGCUUUGGCCAUGAGGUCAGUAAAGUGAUCUGAAAUGCCAAAACAGCUUCUAGUGAACAACACACCGCAAUUAACAUCUCUUCCACCUGUCCAGCGACCUUUAGAUUGAUACCUCCUGGAAAAGCAUGUCCUCAGACAGGUGCAGGCAUCGAGCCCUGGAUUAUGCUAGUUACUAAACUGGUUGCCUGUAUGUUAGCUACAUUUACCUGUAUGUAAUGUUGGAUUAUGCUAACCAUUCAUUCUAUACUAAACACAUCAAUAUGUAACAGAUUAAGGUAAUUUAUCAUCUAAUUGUAUCAAUGAAAAACUGAUCACAAAGCCUUGUCAUGUUUUUGAUCGUAUGAUUAAAAAUAUGGUUAUUGAA